AUGGAUCAAAGAAUUGAUUCUGAGAGUAAUCAGGUUUCUGAAAUAUUUCUUGGAGGUGUUGAUGCAUUUAUUCAAUUUGCGUGUAAUCAAGAAGAUUACAAAGAAAGAGAAACUUUGUUGUGUCCGUGUGCUCGAUGCAAAAAUGUGAAGCAACGUGAAGCAAGAGUUGUCGCACGACAUCUAUUCUUGUACGGUUUCAAGGGAAAUUAUUAUUUUUGGACGAGUCAUGGAGAGAAAUUCAACAAUGUUGGUGAGAGUUCCGGGGCGAAUCAUUCGACGGGUGAAGAAGAAAUGUUAGAGACUCCUAUUUGGAAUGCUUAUGAAGAUCACCAGCAGAAUAUUCCAGAGGUACCCGCAGACAUUGCGCCAGCUUACAUGCCGGAAGCUAUAGAAGAGACAGACAUAGCACAGCCCUAUCAUGAUAGUGUUUUUGAAGCAUUUGAAGCAGCGACUCAACCUCUCUACGAAGGAUGUGCAGAAGGAAUUUCUCAGUUGUCUCUUGCUUCGCGGAUGAUGAAAGUGAAGACAGAUUAUAAUCUACCAGAAGCUUGUGUAGAUGAGAUAUCUGAAGUAUUUAAAAACAUACUUCCGCAGCCAAAUAAAGCUCCAACAACAUAUUACGAGACAAAGAAACUGACACGGUCGCUUGGGUUACCCUUACAGAAGAUUGACGUAUGUGUGAAGAACUGUAUGUUAUUUUGGAAGGGAGACGAUGCGAAGUUGGUCAGUUGUUGGUUUUGUGGAGAAGAUCGCUACUACCCGAAGAACGGAAAAGGUAAAAACAAACCGAAACAGAGAAUGUUUUACCUCCCAAUAGCAGAUCGUCUGAAACGUCUAUACCAACUUGAGGCGACAACUUCCAAUAUGCGGUGGCAUAAGAAACAUGUAACUUCGGAAGGAGAAAUACAUCAUCCAUCUGAUGCCAUAGCGUGGAAACACUUCAUUGAGUUAUAUCCUGGAUUUGCUGCUGAAAGCCGGAACAUUUAUCUAUGCUUAUCAACGGAUGGGUUUAAUCCGAUUGGUAUGAAUGGCGAAGCACAUUCCCUUUUGCCAGUUAUUGUAACUCCAUACAAUUUGCCUCCGAGAAUGUGUAUGAAAAGAGAAUUCUUAUACCUUUCGGUGCUAAUUCCCGGACCCAAACAUCCAAGAAAAAGCUUAGAUAUUUACCUUCAGCCGCUGAUUGAAGAGUUACAGAGUUUAUGGAAAGAUGGUGUGGAGGCAUAUGAUAUUUCAAGGAAAGAAAGAUUCAUAAUGCGAGCAGUGUUGAUGUGGACGAUAAGCGAUUUUCCAGCGUAUGGGAUGCUUUCAGGUUGGAUGACACAUGGUCGGCUAUCGUGUCCAUAUUGUCAAGAUGAGACAGUUGUGGAUCCUCCUCCACCAUGGUUGACCGGAGAAGAAAUAUUGCGUGAGAGGAUAAAUAAUAUAAAAGGUUUAUCAAAGUCCGUUGAAUGUGGAGGGAAUGGACAUGAUAAUCCAUCCAAGACAAUAUCUGAAUACGGAGUUACUCACAAUUGGGUUAAGAAGAGUAUUUUCUGGGAGUUACCGUAUUGGGAAACUCAUCUUCUUCGGCAUAACCUUGAUUUCAUGCACAUUGAGAAAAACUUCUUCGAUAACCUCACGAACACAUUGUUAAAUGCUCCUGGAAAGACAAAAGACAACGUCAAAAGCAGAUUGGAUCUUCCAGGUCUAUGCAAAAGGCGUGAUUUAGAGAUGAAAGAGGAUGGAACGAUGCCCGCGCCAAUAUUCAGGCUGUCAAAUGCGGCUAAGCGAGAAUUCCUUCUGUGGCUGAAAAAUGAUAUAAAAUUCCCCGAUGGAUAUUCCUCCAAAUUUAGUCGAUAUAUUGCCCUCUUUUUCCGAGAUAUCUCUUCGAGGAUUUUGAAAGAAUCAGAUAUUGGUCUUUUAAAGGCAAAUAUCGGUGUGAAGCUUUGUAACUUGGAAAAGAUUUUUCCUCCAUCGUUCUUUGAUGCUAUGCAACAUCUUCUUGUGCACCUUCCAGAUGAGGUAGCCUUAGGUGGGCCCGUCCAUUUUAGGUGGAUGUAUGUAUUUGAAAGAUACAUGUACCAUUUGAAGAAGAUGGUCAGAAACAAAGCACGCAUUGCGGGUUCGAUAGUUGCACAAUGGAUAAACGAGGAGAUUUCAAGAGCAUCCUCAAAUUAUUUUGGUCAUCCUGAGAUCAUGAGCAUUCCAGAAGGUCCAAAUGAUAUUCGUUUCUCAUACAAUUAUCCGGAUGUACCACCUUUGUUUUACCACGAAGGGAGAAUCAGUGGUCAAUGCUCAACUGGUUGGUUAAAUGAUAAAGAUAACACCGUUCUUCAGACAUUUAUGAUGCUCAACUGUGAAACAUUUGCUCCAUAUGAAAGGAUGUUUGAAGAAUAUAUGACACGGAGUAUUCCUGAUAUUACUCCAGUUGCAAUGCAAAAAGCGAAAGACACCAACUUUGCAGAGUGGUGCAAAGACUAUAUUAACGAUGCGACUCAGUUUUACACAUUUCCUAUGUGGAUGUUGGAUUUUGUACAAGGUCCUAGGCGCAAUUAUAGGUCUUGGCCAAUAUAUCACACCCGGGGAUACACUUUCCACACACAUAACCACGGUCAAAAUAGAAAAACUCAACAUUAUGGUGUUUGUGUUCCUGGAACCAAUGAAACAGACUACUAUGGCCUCAUACAGGAGAUUAUGAUGGUGGAGUAUCAUGGUGAUGUUGGCUUGAGGGUCAUGAUUUUUAAAUGUUCGUGGUUUGACACCACGGAAAAUCGCGGUAUGAGAAUACAUCCAUCUGGUCUUGUUGAUGUCUCACCACGAAGACAAUAUGCAAAAUAUGAUCCUUUUGUAUUACCUGGUAAGUGA